AUGACUAUCAACGGCAAUGUACCAUCGCGGGAGUACCCCCCGCGGGCUGACCUGCGGGUGAUGAUGGAUGAAUCGCCACUUCCAACACUUGCCCCGGGGCUGGUUGACCCUGAAUUAAUGGCCGGAGAUGCAGCCACCAAGCAGGCGGAUAUUGUAUUGAGUCGUCUCAAUGCCGCGCUGGCUAAGGGCGAUGCCGCUGCUCUCCAAAGCUGCUUCUAUGCUGACCAGGCAUUUUGGAAAGACCAGCUCGCACUGACUUACCAUUUGCGCACGUUCAAGAGCCCAGGUGUCAUUACCCAGAGUCUCUUGGAGACUGAGAAGCUCAGAAGUGUCUCGAAGGGGAUUGCCGUGGAUGGCGCAGCGCUAUUCCUGCCAGCCACUCCGGUCCUUCAAUUCAUCGACUGUCCAAUCGUGUUCCGAACCGAGACCCCUGGCGCCACCUGCCGAGGCAAGAUCCUCUUUUUGCCUGUCCAGAACGAGCAAGAUGGAAACGAGGCACUUGAGUGGAAGAUCUGGAUCCUGAGCACCAGACUGGAGGCUCUGGAUAUUCAGACCGAGGAUGAAAGCCUGCUUCAGGCUGCUCCGAGACGAUUUGAUGAUCUGGACUUGGAGACUGACGUCUUCAUCAUCGGCGGCGGAAAUGCGUAA